AUGCACUCCACCGCCCGCCACAUCGCGAAACAAGUCUUAUCCCACCCCGAAACAAAAUCACUAGCAAAGCAGGCCCAGCGAAACAUGUCCGCCGGAACGCCCUCAGAAAGCGCAAAGGCGCAGGCCGCUUCGGACGCGAACGAGCCCACUUUCGAGUCGGUCGGAGUCAAGAACACCGACAUCAUUCAGAAGUCGGGCGUCUCGCUGUCGAAGCAUCAAAAGGUGCUGGUCGGCAGCGUGCUGGAUCUCUUUGAGGGAAACCCGACCCUGAAGCACCUUUCGCUCUGGUCCAAAAACGGCACUUUCCAGGAUAACAUCACCGUCGCAAACGGCUACGACAAGUACGCCGCGCAGUGGUAUGGUCUGCCGGCGCUCUUCAACCCGAUCAAGAUCCAGUCGCAUACCGUCGUCUCGGCGGGCAACCCGAUCGAGAUUAAGCUGAAGAACAGCUACACCGUCAAGGGUGUCAAGGUGGAGCAGACGAUGGACAGCCUGGUGCAGAUCGAGGUCGGCGAUGACGGCAAGAUUGUCAAGGUGAAUGACAAGUGGAACAAUGAGCUUCCCGACGGGGCUUUCUCGCAGGUACGUGUAGCUCUUGACGAGUCUUAUUUCACCGCCGCGUUGGCGAUUGCAAAGUUGUUGAGAGAGGUCGGGGUUGUGGUGUUCUGCCGAGUUUCAUUGUGGUGGCCCUUUUGGGCUUUGAGGAAGCUUAAUGCUGUGACGGUGCCGGCAUUUGUCAAGGUUCCCAAGGAUGAGGAGGAGGAUGCCAAGUUGAAGGCUGAGCGGGAGAAGCAGAGUCAGUAA